CAUCCUCUUUGGCGCUGUCACUCUGCUACAUACGUUCCAUCUCUUUCGAACAAGAACAUGGUUUUUUAUUCCUUUGGUGAUAGGAGGCUACUGUAAGUUCCGAUCCGCUUUUGUGGGAUGAGUCUAUUGGACUGGAUAUCUGACUUCGACAAGUCGAAUUGAUAGGAUACAUUGGACGCUGCCUGUCAGCAUCCCAAUCGCCAAACUGGACCCUUGGCCCCUACAUCAUGCAGAGCACAUUGUUGCUGGUAGCGCCUGCGCUGUUUGCGGCCAGUAUAUACAUGGAGUUGGGCCGAAUCAUCCUUCUCGUCAAAGGGGAGAAGUUUGCUAUCAUUCGGGUAACCUGGAUGACCAAGAUAUUUGUCGCGGGAGACGUUCUCAGCUUCUUGAUGCAAGCAUCAGGGGCCGGGAUCCUGGUCACGGACAACCAAAGCACGGGCGAAAAUGUCAUCGUUGGCGGUCUCUUUGUCCAGAUCAUCUUUUUCGGUUUCUUUGUGAUAAGCGCUUUUGUCUUCCAGCGUCGGAUCGCUGCCCAUUCAACUCCCGAGUCAGUCGCGGAGUACAUUCCAUGGAAGAAACAUAUGGGCGCGCUAUAUGCAUCAAGUAUUCUGAUCCUGGUUCGAUCCGUGUUUCGAGUUGCCGAAUACCUUCAAGGCUGGGAUGGCUCGUUGCUGCAGAGCGAAGUGUUCAUAUAUGUACUAGACGGACUUCUGAUGUGGUUCGUCAUGGCUAUCUUUCUCGUUGUCCACCCGAGCGAGAUCAACUGCCUGUUGGGUCGCGGGAAAGUAAUGACAGCCAAAGGGGGUCUCCAAGUCUGUGAGCCUGCUCUUCCUGUUUAG